ACACUUCCGGGUGGAGUUGACGGCAGCUCGGCCAUGUUUCCGGCGUUGACAGGACCGAGAGAAGCGCUGACUCACGCACUUCGUGUUCGGCUCUUAUGCGUAAAUCCCGUAGCUUUUGCGGCCGCGUUCGUGCGCAGCUUCACGGGCGCGAAGGACGAAAGACCGCCGCCAUUUGACGCUUCGCUCCUGCGCGUGCUGGUGUGUCCGCUCUCCAAGAAAGCGCUCAGAUACGACGCUCAGACCAACGAGCUGAUCAACGACGAGCUCGGCAUCGCGUAUCCCGUCGUCCACGGCAUUCCCAACAUGAUUCCCCAGGACGCGCGGCUCAUCCAGAAGGAAGUGGACGCACAGUGAGUGAUGAAGU